UCUCCCAGGCCGGCGCAGGAAGGAAGGAAGGAAGGAGGGGCAGAGAGGAGGAGGCUGGCCCUGUGAGUCAGCACAGCCGCGGCAGAGCAGGACCAUGCGAGGACGGUAUGAAGCAUCCACCAAUGAACUAAUUAACAAAGAGCUGGGCAUCGCGUAUCCGAUCAUUGAUGGCAUUCCUAAUAUGAUCCCUCAGGCCGCAAGGAUGAUUGACAGAAAGGCCCAGGGUGAGGAACCGAAGCAAACCUAGAUAGCCGUCAUCAUUCAGACAAAACCUGAAGACUAACCUACGCCCACAGUAACUGGGGAAGAAAGAUGUUUCUGUCACUGCCUACGCUAACUGUACUUGUUCCACUGUUGUCCUUAGUGGGUCUGUUUUAUUCAGCCAGUGUGGAUGAAAAGUUCCCAGAGGGCUGCACCAGCACAACCAGCUUGUGUUUCUACAGUCUGCUUCUUCCUAUUACCAUACCAGUUUACGUGUUCUUUCACCUUUGGACCUGGAUGGGUAUUAAACUUUUUAGACACAACUAAUAAGGCAAAAGCUUGGAAGGCACCACAAAAAUAGACUUGCCAACCUUGUGGCCGCUCGGAGAGAGCGAUGUAUCUUCACCUACCCACACCCUAAUAUUAUAUUCCAUGCAGUUGCAAUAGUCUCCUAGCAUAAGUGGUGGUCUUUAUUAAUCUCCCAAUGAUGCCUGAAAAUGUAACUUUCUGCACAAGCCUUGAUGCACAAUGGCCUCAUUACUGCUGAGAGAGAUAAUUAAAUAACAUUUCUCUUGUUCCUCCUCCAUGUUAGCAUGUCCCAGCAAAACCUAUUGGUGAGUUGUAAGGCUAUGCUACUAGCCCGUCAAAGCUGUUGUGUCUUUGAAAAGAAUAAAUGUUGUGCACUGAUUGAGAUGAAUUUUUUAAAUAGGUUAUGGUGAGUUUCACUAUGCCUCUUUAAAUGAGCAGCACCAUAAUUCGGUAGUUGCCUUGCUGGUUUGAACUGAUGUCUGCAGUAGAAUGCAUUUGUCUUACUGUACUAUGGAAAUAAAGAGUAUAAUACAUCAAA